AUGUCGGACCCGAUCCCAUCAAAGAAGAGAAAGGCUUCUGGGUCCCUUAGUCCCGAUCGAUCGGAAGGGCCUAACAGUGUAUUCCCUUUAGCAACCAGCACGCCUGCAACUGCAGCGAAUACUGGACCAGCUCAGAACUACCCAGAUACCACCGCCGCCUCUAGUGGAAGCAGACCUGAAGUCAGUACUUAUACCACUGACGAAAUCCAAGUUGCUGGGAUUCUUGCUGGCAUGGGCUCAACAGUGCUACUCGUAGAAUUAGGGGGAAAUGACCCUUCUGGUGGAGAUGACAAAAAUGAGAACAGUGGUGGUGAUGAAGAUGGCUCUGAUGCAGUUUCCGGGUCUGAAUCAGAUACUUCAAGCACAUCAGGCGGAUCUUUUUGGUCAUACCCAGAGACUGACGGCACAAAUUGGAAUCCGCUGAUCCCUCGUUCAUCUUGGGCGAUACCUGUAGGUAAUACCCCAUACGCUGGUAGCCCUGCUCUGGUCACCCCUCGCCCAGAAGGAGCCACAACUACACUAGAUCAGCAGCAUUAUCGUAUUGCCACACUUCGAAAUGUGUUGGGUGAGCCAUCCGGUGUCACUUAUGAUGAAUUGCGAGCGGCUCUGGAGGGAAAUCGUUGGGAUAUGGGCUCUGCAUUGAAGUUUGUCAACCAUCGGCUCAAUGAAGCUCUCCGGAGAGAACUCACAAAUCAACCUGGCCGCGACGCGAACCAGCUUGAGAGAGACCGUCUCUUGGGUGCCAACUCCUUGCAUCAUAACCGCCGCCUUGCAGUUGACGCACUAUAUCAGCGGCUAAUCACUGCUCAGCCCACAGCUCGACCCCAACUCACAACUCUCAAUGUUGGUGUCUUGCUUGUUGAGAGUCGAUUCGACCUCGAUGAAGCCGUUGCAGCAUUCCGCGAAAGACAACUUCAUCCACGGCAGUUUCAAGACGCGACACGAAGACUCCGACGCCUUCGCAUCCCAGGUCCGAACCAGUGCCACCAAGAUGAACGAAUCGCGCUGUUUAUGACCAUUGCAGGCAUAGACGACUAUUAUGCUGCCAGAGUGUUAUUUGAAACGCACAACUGGGAUAUGGGACGUGCGAUGGACCAGUGGAUGCAAAAUGGCCUUCGCUCGGCUCCACAUGCAGCUCCGGCAAAUAUCCGUCGCCGAAGAACCUACCAAGAGCCAGUCCUACUACAUGAUGACACAGAGAAUUUGUGGGCUGCAGGUAGACCUUUUGGGGGAGCUCCCCCAGCGCCAGAUGCACAUGAUCUUCUGGAUGCUGCUGAAGAUUAUGGUCAGGGCAGUUAUGCUCGCCGGAAUGGGUGGUUCAUCAACUUUCGUCGUGACCCUGGAGUUCGUGUUGGUGUCAUGAACCCUUCAAGGAUGGGCUUGCUGUGGAUUCGUCGAGGAGAAUUCAAGUUGAUCUGGUAUGGAGAUCGUGGGCCAGUUGAAGAUCCUGCAAGACCUGGACAACCACUCCAAAAUGGAGGCACUAUUCCUUUUGACUGGAAUAACCCACUUCACAUUAGUGAUCUUGGUGGCAACAAGACGGCGCAAUGGUUUCGAAGAAAUCUGGGCAUCAGCGUCAAGGUUCGAGGGGAUUCAUACCAGGCCGAUGAAAAUGAGUGGCUCUGGCAUUGGCAUAAUGACCGGUUGUUCGAGUACAUGGAGGCCCAUCCAGAAUUCUGGAAUAGUCAGUCGUAUCAAGGCACCACAGGCACAUGGAAUGGAACCUGGAAUGAGAUUCACCACCAAGAAUGGGGCAGAACUGUUCCAUACCCUCGCCAACGUUUGGAACGUGACUUCAACCAUCGUUUCACCACUCAAACACACCUGCCCGGGAUGAAUGGUCAGCCACGGCAAGCUCGGACGUCUGCCAGCCUCGACAUGCAACGCAGACGAGUAAGAGAAAUCUGCGAUGAUUUUGGUUUCGACUACUCUCCCGCUCAUCCAAAGAGGGAUCCCACCAAGGGCGACGGGGAUGGUGAUGACGAGUUUGAUGACGGUGGCGAGGGUCCUAGUGGAACCAACGCGCGAAAAGACUCCGGUGGCAAACGCAAGGAUCGUCGCGAAGACGCAGGACAAGAUGACGAGAUCGAAGGGGAUGUUGGUGAAGAUGGCUCUUCUCCACCUACAAAGCGAGCAAAACCAACCCCUAAGGGCAAAGAAAAUGUCAAGGCAACUGGCAAAGGCAAAGGCAAAGGCAAGGCCGAGGAGUGUGAAGAUGGCAGCGAACAUGACGGCGGCAAUGAUUGA